UCACCUGACGUUGCUAGGACACACCUCCUCGUAAUACAACAACUUUUGGUUAAUGUAUUAUCUUUGCUUGCUUUAAUCAUGAAGUUCGGCUCAAGUGGGUGCGGAAAAUGUGUUUAAUGUGAAAGGUAGGAGAGAAAAGGAGGAGGAAAUCAUGUCAGAACUGGCCAGAGGGUGCCCUCACUUGCUAGAUUUCAAAGAGAAGUCCGGCCUUCACUCGUAUCAAGUUAUAUACAAAUAUCUGGUCAAGCCACAACUUGUCAAUUCAGAGGCCAGAAAAGUCAAGGCCCGUACCUGUCUAUGCAAUGUCUGUAAUUCUUAUAACAUGUACCUUCACACGUGUCUGCACUGUGUCUACUUUGGCUGCCACUUGCCGGAGAAUCACUUGAGUCAUCAUAUGAAGACUACAGGUCAUUAUCUGAGCGUUGAGCUAAUUUAUGGUAGCAUCUAUUGCAGCAAGUGUAAGGAUUUUGUCUAUGACUCUGACAUUGAUGCCAUCUGUAGACAAAAUGAUCAGCAGGUCAUGCAUAAGUCACAUAUUUCACGAGCUCCUGUCAAUUAUUCUGUACUUGCUCUUUUACCACAAAAAAGUUUUAGAAUAUAA